CUCUCAUAUGGUAUUCGAAAUUCGGAAGCGGCAGUUCGAGAUCUAGCUGUCCUUGUCAAAUUAAGCGAUUUACCAUCGAAGGAAGCAUUGGGGAAAUCGCUCAAUGAGUUUGUAGGAAACGCGAAAGAGACUGCUAGAGGGCUUCAGCGCUUGGGUGCAAAGGUUGGCGGUGCAGUUGAUAGUGUACUAGCAAUGGAUGAGUACGUUCUCAGAAGACUCGAAGAGAUCAACAGGACGACUCCACCUUCCCUUCCCUCAUCUGCCUUAUCUCUCCAAGGAUUCAUUGACCGCUUCCUUCCGGAGUUCCUUAACAGUGCCGAGAUGCAGCGAGCACGGAAUCGCGAUAUCCUCGUCUCAAACUUCCUCCAAGCUUCAAAUCAUUUAGCCUCUCACUUGCAACGGCUGAUCAUGGAAGCCGAAGCAAGUCUAGCACUCUUGAACCGUCUGGAGGAGAACGUAGACGUUAUGAACGAGCUGACCAGUCGUGAGAGUAUAUUAGCGAAGCAAGAAAAGGAUAAAGUGCUCGCCGAUCUUUGGACUAUCCUGGGAGGCAACCGUGACCGUCUGCAAACUCAAAACUCUCACAUCGAGCUCCUUACCUCGCUCUCAAAAUAUCGUAAAGAGGCCCGCAACCGAGUGUCUCAGACAGUCGAGGAGCUGAUAAAAUUGCAAGAGAACCUUGAGGAACUUCGGGGUCGCGUGGUUGAGCCUGGGAUCAGUACGCUAAGUGCUGAGGCCUCAGAGAAAGAUGGUCCUGGCGAGGGGCUGGUCGGUGGAGUACCACUCGAAGUCCACAUGGACAGUAUAAGAAAAGGUGUGUUGAGGCUAACGUCGUUUAGACAAGGUGGACUGCAAGUGGAGAACGAGAGGCUGAGUAGGAUGAUAGCCGAUGGUGGACCCGAGCCUCGAAGUACCCGCCGAGGACUUCCGUCUAAUAAUGCGAAAGUUGCGCGGCAGGAGUAAUUAUGUUUUGUUUUCAUUUUACCAUUGACUCAUGUAUAUCCCUGGCGGCCAACACUAUUUUUACCCUGCUCGCAUCAACUUGAAAUGUAUCUGUACGCAUAAUACAAUGUGCAUAAUUUUACUAUCCUACGCUAGACUUGGC